GUCUGUCACAUGACUUGGGCCCAAAUACCGUCAACAAAUAAUUCAGGUUUUUUUUUUCCCCCUUCGGAAGAUACUGUGCCUUUAAAAAUAUAUAUAACAUUAAUGCAGUAAUUUUUGCAGCAAUGUUAUCGCGGCUGUUAAAGGAACAUCAGGCAAAACAAAACGAAAGGAAAGAACUUCAAGAGAGCGCGACGCGUGAAGCCAUUGCAGCUGCCACCUGUUUAACAGAGGCCUUAGUGGACCAUCUGAAUGUGGGAGUGGCUCAGGCGUAUGUUAAUCAGCGCAAGUUGGACCAUGAGGUGAAGACUCUACAGGUGCAGGCAGCUCAGUUUGCCAAACAGACAUCGCAGUGGAUCAGCAUGGUGGAAAACUUCAACCAGGCAUUAAAGGAAAUUGGUGAUGUGGAGAAUUGGGCACGCAGCAUUGAGAUGGACAUGAGGACUAUCGCCACAGCUCUGGAGUAUGUACACAAAGGCCAGAUUCAGACAGCGACAUCCUAGAAUACCCUUUCAGAGGGACAGCAGAACAAGAAUACAACACUUAAAUAGUAGUGCACACCUUGGAUUACUGCUGCAGGGUUGGAAGAAUGGACUUGCUUAUGAUGAACUGCUAAUUUCCUGACUGAGACUUUCAGCUUCAGCUUAAACCUAGACAUAUUUGCAGAUGAUAUUGCUAAAUGAUGUAUUUUGUCUGGAAAUGUUUUUUUCAUACAAACAACUCCUACCAGGAACAGCUGUGUUUUUAUAAUGCUGAGCUAUAUUAAAAAAUGUUUGCAUUACCUCUCA